AUAUGGCCGCUCUUGAUCUCGAUCGUGUGAAGGCACAAGUAAACAAGGCGUUGGGGGAUGCCUCAGUGGUUGUAAAGUUUUCCUGUGCAACUGUGUGUCUGUUGUAUUGCUUGAGUUUUUUGCCUACUGUCUAUUCUGUGCUAGCUGUUACCCCUGGAUUCAUUAUUCCACCACAUUUCAGAAUAUGGACCUUAAUAACUGGAGGUUUUAUAGAAUAUAGAGUAUGGAAUAUGCUCAUAGACAUUGGAGUUCUUGUGUUGUGUGGGCAGCUAUUAGAGCCUCUUUGGGGAGCACUUGAAUUUUUGAAAUUUGUCUUGAUCUUAGAUAUAGGAACAUCACUUAUCACUUCAGCUGUUUGUGUAAUAGCAUAUGUGGCAACAUUUGACACGCAUAUGUGGUUCUUACAGUUCAGUGGUAUGACUGGAAUUUUAUCUGGGAUGAUGGUUGCAUUUAAACAGAUCAAACCUGAACAGGAAGUAAGCUUGUCCUCAAUUGGCCUUCGUGUCAAGCAUGUGCCAUCUUUAGUUGUUCUUGUAUACAGCAUCCUGUGCAUACUCGGUGUUUUUCCCAUCAUUCUUCUGGUCAUGGUUCUAUCAGGAACAAUGAUUGGCUGGGUUUAUUUGAGAUUUUAUCAGCCUCGUGGCAAAGGGGUUAAAGGAGACCUGAGUGAAAGUUUCUCCUGUGCGAGCUUUUUCCCAGAGGCUGCACAGCCACCAGUGAGGACAAUAUCAACAAUUAUAUUCAACACAAUGAUUCGUUUGAAAGUGUGCCACAAACCUAUUAGAACAUAUGAUGUGGGAGCACCAUCAGCAAUAACAAUCAGUUUACCAGGAAUGGAUCCAGCUGAUGCUGAAAGAAGAAGACAAAAGGCUCUGAAAGCCUUAAAUGAAAGGCUUCAAAAAUUGGAGCAGUCCACCAGUUGGCCUUCUCUUGAUGGACCAGAAGGAAAAGACAGUCCACAAAGUCCAGGUGCUGUGGAAGAGGUGCCUGAAAUAGUGGUUGAUCAGGGUACAUCAAAAAGGACCGAAGGAGUGCCAAAUGGUUCAAGCGUCCCGACGUAACAGAUGGAGUUUGCUCUGGCAGAGUUGUUCAAAGUACAGUUGAGUUUAAUUCAGCCCCUGUAACAUUAUGCAGUAAACCCUGGAAUAGUGCUAGAUAGCUUUUGAUCAGCCUGGCCCAGUUUUUGACUUUGAUUAAACGUAUAUAAGUAGUUACCAAUACUCAACUGAUGUACUCCGCUCUGGGUGAGGGUAAAGUCACUAGUUAGGUAAAAUAUGCAGACACUGCAAUAAAGAUAAGCGUUCAGGUCAACUCCGUCAAAGCCUAUAGUGGAUGUAGUUCACAAGGGGCAGACACAGUUUAAAGAGUCAUUCUGCAUGGCUUUGAAUCUUACAGCACAGGUGGAUGUACAAAUUUUAAAGGAGAUAGAAAUUAAACUACGGACUGAGUAUUCGUUUUUGUCAGCGGAAGAAAUCUAUUUUACGAACGGGUUGGAAAGAGAAUAAGCCAUGGCGAGCUAUCGGUUUAAUGAAGCGUUAUAUGUUAAAUUUUGUCUUGUUUACAGUGUUAUUGAAUGAAUGACCGUUUCAUUAAAGCUAUGCAUAUGGUAUGAUGAUAGUGCGCCUUUCAAUUGUGUGUCGCUUGAACAAAACCAAAGAAAUUAAACGACUAGUCAAGACAAAGGUAAAUCUUACCAAGAGCCAUUGAGAACUUAAAGUAAAAAGGGGGAAAAGCGCGGGAAAACGCCAACGACCAGGGUUAAGUUUAGUGUGUGAUUGGUUGAAAGGGUAGCACGCAUUUUCUCGAUCGACUGCAAAACGAGGUAAAGCAAGAGCGUUGUUCAGAUUACUUUCGACACUCAGGGAAAAUUGGCUCUAUUCUUUGUUCGUUUAUUUAUGUAUUUAUAUUUUAUGCAUUAAUUGUAGAAUAAUGGGAAAUUUGGCGACAAUAAAGGACAUGGCGAAAACAAAAAUUAUGAAUGAAAGUGUAAAUGUAAACGAAUCACAGCAUAGCGCUUCCCUUUCAGGAGUUAUCGAUACGCUACCGAGCUUUUUGCUGGAAGGGUUUUGAAGUUUCAACAACCUAAGAGGAGAAGCGCUUUCUGAAAAGCGAUUCUCGUAUUUUCACGAAUAUCUAUAGCCAAGCUUGGUUGGUUGGGAGAUGCGGAUGUGAAAAUCCGCAAAACGCUUAGUGAAGUAUUUAUAAACGUACCUUAAAGAUAGUUAUGAAGAGAAUGAACAAGAGUUAGCCUAGUAAAAGGAAAUGUUAUAAAUAAAAUAAUGAAAUUUAUGUGAA